AUGGCGACUGCAUUCACCAACUCAGAGAUGAAAGCGAGUCUGCUACAAAUCAUCAACGAGCGAAACCAGCUCAGAGUGGAGCUCAUGCACGCCAAGUCAGCAAUCAUUGAACUCGAAAACCAAAAUUUGGAGUAUGACCGUUUACUCUCAAGUGCGCUUUCGCACCUUCAGGCCUACGAACCAAAACCAACAGUGACCGCUACUCCAAAAACCAGCUGGAUAGGAACCUGGCAAUGCUCCUCGGAUUGCCCUCAGCUCGCCCCAAUCGAAAAGGCUUGGGCGAAUGGCUGGCUCCAGAAAGCUCUCAACCAGAUCCCUGCCAUGCUAGAUCGGGAAGAUCUGGGGCCUCAUCACCUCAUCAAUUCCAGGCUUCUAUACUCGGCACUGCUUCAAUCUACUGGUGCUAAUCUACAGCAAGCGCUAGCUAACGCUGAGGAAGCUGUCACUAUGGCGGUAGAUCUUCGCCUGCAAGAGCUAGCUGCAAAGGGGCAAUUUCAUCGUGCGCUAUGCUAUCAUUACUUAGGGGAGUUCGCUAACGCCAGGUGGUGCUUCGUUUUAAGUUCGUCCGUCAACGAGAGUACCAAGGAAUGUCGCCAAAAGGCCGAAGAGAACCUUCGAGGGCUGCCCGAGGGCCAUUCGCAGCGAUCUGUUUCUGCGGAUUUCAAGUUCUAUUGCGACUCAAAUGUAGAUGAAUUUGUACGCAGUGUGUAG